GUCACUUAGUGAAAAUAUCAAAUCUUAUCAAAAACUUAUCGUCAUUUUAUUAUUAAUUAUUAUAAACAUCGUUUUGGUAUGUUGAUAUCGAGUAAUAUUUUAUCAACAAAGUUAUACAAUUGGUGUUUAAGAAUUAAUACUUGUCGGUACAAAGGCACAAUGAACUAUACACUGUUGAAAUCGGUAAAGGCUUGCAUACCGAAGUUAGAUGGAGGUAAACACAAGGGGCAAGCCGGUAGGAUAGGAAUAGUUGGAGGAUCCUUAGAAUACACGGGAGCGCCUUAUUUUGCUGGGAUAAGUGCUUUGAAAGUGGGAGCUGAUUUGGUGCACAUAUUUUGUGCAUCUUCAGCAGCAAGCGUCAUUAAAUCGUACAGUCCAGAACUGAUAGUACAUCCAUUACUGGACCACCCUAAUGCUACCGCACAAAUUUCUCCAUGGCUGGAAAGACUUCAUGCCUUAGUCAUCGGUCCAGGACUGGGGCGAGAGACGGAAACCUUCAAUGUUGUGACAGAUUUGAUAAAUGUUAUAAAAGAGAAGAAGAUACCAUUAGUUAUUGAUGCAGAUGGACUGUUUCUUGUAACUAGCAAACCGGAAGUUAUUAAAGAUUUCUCUUCACCUGUUAUAUUGACUCCUAAUAAAAUAGAAUUUGAAAGACUAUGUAGCAGCCUUGGUGGGGCUUCAGAGUUAAAAACUCUUGGGGAAAACGUAACAGUUUUGAAGAAAGGGGAAGAGGAUCAAGUAUAUUCUUCGCUUCUGGAAGCAGAGUGGAAGUCUAAUGUUUACGGAUCUAACCGAAGAUGUGGUGGACAAGGGGAUCUUUUAUCAGGAUCAAUUGCUACAUUUUUAAACUGGACUUUGAGUAAUAAGGAUAAGAUUGAGAUUGGUUUGGCUGCUGAUCCUCGGACAGCUGCAUCCUUGGCCUGCUAUUCAGCAUCAAUUCUUGUAAGGUUAUGUAAUAGGAAGGCUUUUAAAGUCAAAGGCAGAAGUAUGCUGGCUGGUGAUAUGAUUGAAUACAUCCAUGAAUCUUUUGAAGAGUUAUAUGGACAAUAAUAUUAUAGGAAUGCAAGUACAUACCAUCAUAAUACUGACAUCAAAGCAAGGUCAGCAUUCAGUUUAGAGUGUAGUUUUUUAUUACAUUUAAUAUGGGUGUAAAAUAUAUUGGCCUGGGUUGUAUCUUUUAGUUUUAAGAAUACAAGAAAAAUAUUUUUGCUAUGUUAGUUUUUGAAAGCAUUUAUAAACCAAAAAGUUUAUGAAUUUAGUAAUUUUAUAACUGAAUUAUUAUAAAAUAGUUAUAAAUAACAUGAUUAAUGCA